AGUCGGAGCACGACACGAACGAUAAUCGAUCGAAAUAAGUCUUUGUGGGUUGCACAACAUGGCGGGCGUUUCGAUCUUCAAGGAUGUUCCUCUUGUCCCAUUGGAUCAUGUCUUCCAAGUCAACAAUAGCUACAAUGAAGACCAAGAUCCCAGGAAAGUAAACAUGGGAAUAGGAGCUUAUCGCGAUAAUGAUGGGAAGCCAAUGGUCUUACCAGUUGUUGCGAAUGUUGAAAAGCGGCUAGCUGAAGAAAUUUCAGCAAAAACCCUGAACCACGAGUACUUACAAAUUGACGGUCUCGGGGCGUUCAGUGAUGCUGCGUCCAAACUCCUCCUUGGAGACGACAAUCCUGCACUGGCAGAAAAUAGGGUUUGUGCAGCUCAAGCCAUUUCUGGCACUGGCAGUGUUCGUCUUGGAAUGGAGUUUUUGAAGAAAUUUUACUCUUCAGAAGUGGUUUACGUCUCCAAGCCUACUUGGGGAAACCACAAGAAGAUGUUAUUAGCCACUGGAUACAAAGCUGAAAACAUCAGGGAAUACAAUUACUUUGACAAAGAAACUAAGUUAUUAGAUUUUGCUGGUAUGACAAAUGAUUUAGAGGUGAGCAAAUUUCAUUUACAGUGUAUAAAAUUUAACCCCAUGAGUGCCUGUAUGACGUACUCAGUAUGUCAUGAUUUUUGUCCCUCAGGUGCCUAUAAGAUGUACUGGGUAUGUCAAAUUCCUAGCACACCAGAAACAACUUAAAUUGGCACCUGAAAUUUGUAGGAGGUUUUUCGACCAACCUCUUACUUUCCCAUUGCUGUCAUAUCAUGUGGUUAUCACAUUAGGUCAACCUCAGUGGAAUUAAUUGCAUUGAAGGAACAUGUUUAUGACCUUUCAGAAAAUGUGUACAUUUACAUGUCCAUAGUUUAAGUGAAAAUGCUUAAGGCAUAUGAAGGUUUUUACUAGACACUCAUUUUCAAAAUAACCAUUAGCACAGUGCAGUUUCAUUAAAGCGUUGAUUUACAAUGUAUAAGUAAAAGACUUGGUGUGGCCGCUUAUGAGAGCUUAAAGACAAAGGAAAAGUCCAGCUGGGUAAUCCCAAAAGUGAUCACGGUCGCUUACAGGAUUGGUCGCUUACGAGAGCUUUUCAUGACAAAGUCAUUGUUCAAAAGGGGUUUCACAAAGGUGGUCAUAACUAGAGCUGGUGGCUUACGAGAGUGGUCGCAAGGAGAGCUUUGACUCUAUUUCCUUUGUGUAAGUUACCGCUCAACUCGGAGAUACACCAUGUCAGUGAAAAAAACUGAUGUCAAGCUUGUAUCCAUCAUCAGACUGAUAAGCAACUCUGAUAUAACUUGGAAUUGAACAGACUUAAUCUUUAACCGAACAGUUUACUGAUGAAGUCUGAGAAAAUCACACGCACACUUGAACUGGGACCAGUUUAAACUUGGGGUGAUGGCAAUACAUCUGGUUUUGGACUCAUUUAGUGUUGUGACUGUCAGCACAUGCAGUCAAUUCUCGCCUUUUGGACACCCCACUAUUACAAUACGCAGCUCUCAUGGACAGAAGUUACAUUGAUGGCUGAAACUACAAGGAAGAGUAUGGAAACAACUCCUGCUAUUACAGACUCCCACUAUAAUGGAAUUGCAGUCUAAACAUUAUGUGGUUCCAAACUAAUAUUUUUUAUUGUUCUUCUCUUGUUACAAUGGACAACUAGUACUUGGACAUAGUGAAUAUUCUGCAGUCUUGGAAUGUUCACUAGUCUACAGUAAUUUGACCUGUUUGUCAGGGGUGUCAUGAUAAGUUUUGAAGUAGAUGUCAUAAAUUUGAAAGUAGCUGGCAGGCCACUUUUUGAGUGCCAACGGUGCUAGCCUCCUAGGGGAGCAUGCUCGCCCAGGAAAUUUUAAAAUUCAAACUCUUGGAAAUGCUGUUUUCAGCAUUUUCGAGUCAGUCAGUAUUUGGGCCUAAAGAACAAUAAAACCUAUCAUUGAUAUGACUAUUUCUCCCAUGUUAUAACAACUGUUCUUUUAGUCAAAAUCUCAAUGGUCUCAAUCAGAAAACCUCUCCUAUUUAAAAUCUUCCCAUGAAUUUGGCGUACAUAACCCUGUCCUUCUAUUGAAAACAAGAAGACCUUGGCAGUUUUCUUCUGUGCCUCUUUUCCUUCCAUAAUGGCAUUGCCGUGUUGAUUACAGCUUCAUAUUCUUUUACUGGUGGCCCACAAAUUAAAUUAUGAAGCAGACUAUCAAGCUCCUCUGUCCUCUUUCCUUAGAGUAUUUUAAGGCAUUUUAGGGUGCUGCUCACUUGGCUGAAAGGGGAGAAAACAUACUCAGCAAUGACCAACUCAAUUUGUUUGACACGGACGCCAAUUUGGUACAUGUGAAAGCCUGGAAUCAAAUUCUGUGAUAAUGCUCCAGGCAUUUCACUACCCGUUAAUCUACUCCUCCCAUCACGCGUGAGAAAGGAAAACACGUCUAAAACUCUUGAAAUGCAUCAUCACUUUAGACAGACGUUUGAAACAGAUGUGUUGUGAUAUUUUUGGGAUCUUUUCGUUAU